GCAGUGUCGCUGAUCAUCACAGCUCGAGGCUAUUAUUAGAAAGUUACGUCACGGCGUGUUGGAGGCGCGUCUCUCUGCCGGUUAAGCAGAAUCCUCACCAGCGCCGUUAACGGGUCCUACGGUCCCUCCUUCCCCACAUGGAGCGGAACCACGCAGCACCACGUGACCCGGGCUCCCUGGACUGAGCCUCUCACACCGCAUCAUGGCUGCGGAGGAUGCGGCCGCGCGGUACCGAAGCGGAGCCCCGCUGUCUCCCCGGGCUCCGCUCUCUCCGCUCCGCCUGCUGCUCUUCGUCUCGCUGCUUCCCGCUCCGGCGCUCGGUCUGCUCGGCUUUCGGCCGGAGGAGACCGGGGCGGAGCUGUCCGUGGAGGACGGGGUGCUGAAAGCCACCGAGGGAACCCGCUUCAUGUUGCGGGUCUACUACUCCACCUCCCCGCAGAGGCUCAACCGCACCGCGGGGAAACGCGCCAAUAAUGCCGCGCCCUGGAUCGCCUUCAUCGAGGAGCCAACUCCCGGCAGAGAGGGACAAGUUCACCCGAAGCGGAAUAUGUGCAUGGACAAGAACGCCAGGACGUCCGACAUCGAGGUUUUAGGCUCUUUCAAGUCUGCUUCCAGUCAGAACUCGGUGCUGGUGGAACUGUUGGCCAAAGACCUGCGGAGGGGGGAGAAGAUCAAAUACUACUCCAUGUGCGCCUUCGAUGGAUCCAAAUGGGAACAUUACCGGACCAGGGAUUUCUGGGUGGCCGUGACUGAGCGCUCAGCGGUGCCGGAGCUCUGGCUGCAGGUGUUGGUGUCAGUCCUCCUGCUCGGGCUGUCAGCUCUGUUCAGCGGACUCAACCUGAGCCUGCUGGCCCUGGACCCAGUGGAGCUGCAGGUUCUCCAGAACAGCGGCACCGACACGGAGCAGAACUACGCGCGGAAAAUCGAGUCCGUGCGUCGGCAUGGAAACUACGUCCUGUGCACUUUACUGCUGGGGAACGCGAUCAUCAACGCCUCUCUGGCCGUGUGGAUGUGCCAGAUCCUGGGCAUGACCUGGCUCUCUACGGUCAUCUGCGCCUUCGGCAUCUUCUUCAUCGGGGAGAUCCUUCCUCACUCGGUGGCGUCGCGCCACGGUCUGGCCAUCGCUUCCAAAACCAUCUGGGUGACGCGGCUGCUGAUGGUGCUCUCCUUCCCCAUCUCCUACCCCAUCAGCAAGCUGCUGGACCUCAUCCUCAACCAGGAGAUCUCAAACUUCUACACCAGAGAGAAGCUCCUGGAGAUGCUGCGCGUCACCGACCCGUACCACGAUCUGGUCAAAGAGGAGCUCAACAUCAUCCAGGGAGCGCUGGAGCUGCGAACCAAAACCGUGGAGGACGUCCUGACGCCGCUCACCGACUGCUUCAUGCUGGCCUCGGACGUGGUGCUGGACUUCAACACCAUGUCUGAGAUCAUGCAGAGCGGAUACACGAGGAUACCGGUGUUUGAGAACGAGAGGUCCAACAUCGUGGACAUCCUGUUCGUCAAGGACCUGGCUUUCGUGGACCCGGACGACUGCACACCGCUGAAGACCAUCACCCAGUUCUACAAACACCCGCUGCACUGCGUCUUCAACGACACCAAGCUGGACGCCAUGCUGGAGGAGUUCAAGAAAGGGAAGUCCCACCUCGCCAUCGUGCAGCGUGUGAACAACGAGGGCGAAGGCGAUCCUUUCUACGAGGUGAUGGGCAUCGUCACUCUGGAGGACGUCAUCGAGGAGAUCAUCAAAUCAGAGAUCCUGGAUGAGACAGACCUUUACACUGAUAACCGUACGAAGCGACGCGUUUCUCACCACGAGCGAAAGCAGCAGGACUUCUCCAUCUUCAAACUGUCAGAGAAUGAGAUGAAAGUAAAGAUUUCCCCUCAGCUGCUCCUGGCGACACACCGCUUCCUCUCCACAGAGGUGGAGCCCUUCAAACUGGCUCACAUCUCAGAGAAGAUCCUGCUGAGGCUCAUCAAACACCCCAGUGUGGUUCAGGAGCUCAAGUUUGAUGAGAGGAACAAGCGAGCGGCGCAACACUUCCUGUUCCAACGUAACAAACCAGUGGACUACUUCAUCCUGGUGCUGCAGGGUCGAGUUGAGGUGGAGUUUGGUAAGGAGGCACUGAAGUUUGAGAAUGGAGCUUUUUCUUACUUUGGGGUUCCUGCUAUCAUGCCAACAGUCCACAGAUCCCCGUCUCGCAGCAGUGGUUUGGACCGCUCUGAGUCCAUGCUGUAUGGAGGAAGCAUGAGCCAACUGAACGGAGGGGGGAACGUCUACCUGCCGGACUACUCUGUCAGACAGCUCACACACCUGCAGAUCAUCAAGAUCACCCGCAGCCACUACCAGAACGCAGUGACAGCCACCCGGAUGGACAGCUCUCCUCAGACUCCUGAUGCCGACACUCGUCUGACAGAAGGAAACAGUCCGACCCCAGAGCCUCCGGCCACACUGAUGCCCCCACACCACACCACCACCACCACCCUCAUGCCCCCACCCAGGGAGCCCAGCCGGCCCAGCUCGGCCCGAACCCGAGGACAGCAGUCCAGCGUCCCGCACAGCACCUCUCUGCUGAACGAGAAGAACCGCAUUGUCCGCAGUAAGUCGGACGGCCAAAAGAGUCCCAGUGAUUCAGUGUUUCUCCGGAUGGAUGAGAUUCCCUACAUCAGAGAGGACAGAUCUGAGACGGAGGCCCACGCUGACAUGGCCUCCGUUCCCAUAGAAACGGACACGUCUCCUUUCAUCAGCAGCCUGUCGCUGAGUGGUUCAGAGGACACACUGGGCAAGAAACUGCUGCUCAAACUCAGUCACAAGAAGAGGAAAAAAUCUCGCGAAGGAGAGAAGACACCCGAGGACAUUUCAGAGCAGCCGCUGGUGCAAACCUAGCAAAGAGUGAGAAACGGACCUGAACACUCCAUCGUCUGAUGGUUCUUUAAGCUGUUUGUAAAGACAUUGUGGUUGCAGAACUAUCAGAGUUUUAUCUGAAAACACGCUCCACAUGGCCAUGAAGUGGAGCCGCUACCACGAAUGGGCUGCACAUGUGGACGGAGGACACGAAUUCACCAGAAAACACAAGGAGCGGCUUUGGCAAUAUGCAUUAAACCAACCUUUUCUAUGCUUCCUUAUGGCUCUCCCUCUUUGGCUUAGAUUCACAACUGCAAAAACACUAUAAACACAUUUUAGCUAAAAAAGAAAAAAAAAAAAGCAAUGUGCAUUUGACUGUAGUUUCUCAUCAUCACUGCUCAUAUAUAAAGGAAUGACUGUGAAUGUAAAACAUUUGUAGAACACAAAUAAGAGUUUUUUAUACAGUACUUACAUGUGAUCACGUCUCCAAUGGAGCUACAGGGAAUGACGACACACAGGAAACAGAAGGAAGACGCCAAAGAUGUGCUGCUUUGUACGUACUGCUCCAAAAUGCACAGGACAAAUCCCUCACAAGGUACACCGCUCCAUUUGUGUUGCCUGAUUAGUACUUGGCAAAUACUAAUCACUCUGUCAAGGAACAGGGCAGAGUUAUGUGACGAUAGGCGUUGGUUUGUCCGUCUGUCAAACCAACAUCUGGAAGUCAGAAAUGACACAAGGACCAAGUGAUUAGAUUUUGGCAGUGAUGCAGCUUAUAGUCUGAAUCCAUGGAUUUGUUAAAGAUUUCUGUAUCAUUGUGAGAUAGCAGCACGGUGUCACUGUAACUAUGACAACAAGUGAACACUACGUCAGCUGCCUGCUGACGAUCACAUGAUUACGAUCCUACUACAAAUCGACCACUGCGGACUUAUCAGGACUUAUUCAUUGGAUUCUAUACAAGGAAUAAUUGAUUAAAUUGUUCCAUCAAUUCCCAUCGCCCACUAUAUACAGUUACAAGAAAAAGUAUGUGAACCCUUUGGGAUUACUUGGAUUUCUGCAUAAAUUGGUCAUAAAAUGUGUUCAAGUCACAGCAAUAGACAAACAGUCUGUUUAAACUAAUACCGCACGCAAAAUUCUGUUUUUAUGUUUUUAUUGAACACACCAUGUAAACAUUCGCAGUGCAGGGUGGAAAUAGUAUGGGAACUUUUGGAUUUAAUAACUGGUUGACCCUCCUUUGGAAGCAAUAAUCUCAACCAAACGUUUCCUGUAGUUGCAGAUCAGACAUGCACAACGGUCCGGAGGAAUUUUGGAUCAUUCCUCUUUACAAAACUGUUUCAGUUCAGCAGUGUUCUUGGGAUGUCUGGUGUGAAUUGUGCGAUUAAGAUGCCACAGCAUCUUAAUCAGGUUGAGGCUAGAACACAUUUUAUGACCAAUUUAUGCAGAAAUCCAAGUAAUCCCAAAGGGUUCACAUACUUUUUCCUGCAACUGUAUUUAGGUCAUAAACAAACGCUGCAUAUCUUAAAAAAAAAAAAAAAUGCUGCAUUUCUGACAAUGCCAUAUGGAGAAUGAGCAGCCUUGGUGGAAUACUGCUCUCUGAGUGCUUUUCUAGUUAGAUCUGUAGUCUGUAAUGUAGAAACAUGAUAUUUUUAUGUUGUUUUUAAGAUCAACAAACAAAUAUUUCAUAUUUAGAUUGGCUUUGAAUGCCUUUUACAGAUUUCUUCAAAAUGCAGAUGGACACAUUUCUCGCUCAAGUACAAAAUAUGGCCAAAAAUAUGUGGACAUGCUGGGAAAUAAUGCAACAACAGAGUGGAAAUAUUUUCAACAACAGUGUGCUUCUAACCCGGUGAGACAUGCUCAUAGCCACGUCCUUAAAAGCUAAUUAGUAUCUGGGUUUUUGGAAGAAUAACAGCUUCAACUGUUGACCAGGUGUUUUUGGUUGUGGAGUAAACUUUCUGAGUUUAAUGAGGUUAUUAUAUUCAGAGCUGUGUGCCUCCUGUUUGUGUGUCUCCAUAUGUUUAUUUCCAGAAAUCUGUCAAAUGUGAACUGCAGACACAUCAAAGGAACAAUUACACUACCGUUCAAAAGUUUGGGGUCACCCAGACAAUUUCAUGUCUUCCAUGAAAAUUCACACUUUUAUUCAUGUGCUAACAUAACUGCACAAUGGUAUUCUAAUCAUCAAUUAGCCUUUCAACACACAAAGUUACAUUAGAACACAGGAGCGAUGAUUGCUGGAAAUGUUCCUCUGUACCCCUAUGUAGAUAUUCCAUUAAAAAUCAGCUGUUUCCAGCUAGAAUAGUCAUUUACCACAUUAACAAUGUCUAGACUGGAUUUAUGAUUCAUUUAAUGCUAUCUUCAUUGAACAAAACUGCAUUUCUUUCAAAAAUAAGGACAUUUCUAAGUGACCCCAAACUUUUGAACGGUAUUGUGGAGAUAUGUAUGAUAGUUUAUGGUCAGCUUUGCUAACACAAGAGCUGUAUCUACUGGCAAGAAAGUGAAAUGUUUGAACUGUUCUCUUAACUUGGUGUGUCUCUGAACAGCUCUGUAAUGAGGUUCGAUCACUGGAUUCAUUCACAAUCACAGAACGAGAAUAGCGUCUCUGUGGUUGAUUAUCAUAUUACUUUCUGCCACAUGUUGCUUCAUUAUUAUUAUUUUUGUGUCUAGUUUGAAUCAUUCUGUUGCUUACUGAAUUACUGAUACUGGAUAAAUAUUGAAUUCUCAGUAUUUAUCCAGGAAUUCUGCUCAGUUUGUUUUAUUUCCACAAGUAUGAACCGAUUAGCCUUUUAUAUCUCAUAAAAAUUUAAUAUCACUAUUAUUUCCUUUGUUUACAUUUGGAAAGAAUAUCAGUCUUUGGCUGGAGCUCACUGUCUGCAUACAGAUUUUAAAAACUGGAGGUCCAGCUUUCAUUUCACCUCAGAAUAAUUCCUCCCACGAUUUGUUUCCACCAAACCUCUUUAAAUAAUAAUCACUUGAGCUGCAUGUUCCUUAUUGGAUACAUUUUCAAUUAUAAAUGAAUCUCAUUAUUUUGGUUUUUGAUUUAUUUAGUGGAGGUGAAAUUAAAGUGAGCUUCUGGCUGCAGGAUCUCUUCUCCCUUAUAUGACAUGAUGUAUAAUAUUGGGUUUAUGAAAUCAGCACCAUUUACAUCAUGUAACUUAACCUCUUUAGAUUUCCAGACUCAAUAUAUCAACAUGUAUGCAGAUGAUGUGGUUCUACUCUACUUCUAACAAUAAUUAAUUGAUCUGUACUCAUACCACAUUUUGUAUUAUUUAAGCUUCUUUUUUAUCUCUACAAAAAUGGGAGAGAAUGGGAGUUAGAAAGUGAAUCCAGUGUUGCUGAUUACUGUUUGCAAUAUGUAUAUCCUUUGCCUCCUGUCUGCAUGGAGCUGAAUGUGACCUUAAGGGUUAUUUUGUGGAGAUUUUGAAUGUUGUCUAACAUAAUACGAUUUUAUGUAAUAUGAUGUAAUGAUAGUGAUUUAAAUUUCACUACCCACCUUUUGUAUAAGAGCAAUAUUGAAAGCAGCUGAUGCCAUAGACCUUCUGGAAAAAGUCAUAUCACUGGACCACCAGUGCUCCCUGUAAGCUGCUGUGGUUUGACUUACAGUGGUGGAAAAAUGUUCUCAACAUUGUCGGUAUCAAAGUCAACAAAUAACAGAGAAUAUGUUCAAAACUGAACAGAAAAUAAACAAAUCAUCACAUCAUCAAAUUAAUAUUUAGUAGUUCUGCCAUUAGCGGCAGUAGAGCUCUAAUCCUGGCUGCCAUGUUCCCCACCAAAAUGACCCAAUACUUAAAAUUUAUUAUGCAUUUUUAUGGAACCAAUCAAUUUUAAGUUUUUAAUGUUUUUUUAGGAUUUGUUUAAUAUUUUGGCUGUGACUGUACUUAAAGAAAUUGCACUUGAAGACCUAAGAGUGAUUCUUAAUGCAAUAUUUCACAAAUGCAUGGGGUGUUAGAAAACUCUUUUCCACCACUGUAUAAUCUGUCACUCUCUAUGUGCAGGAUGUUGAUCCAAUUCUAAAAACUCGGAGGUCUCGAUUGCAGCUGCUGCUGAACUGACAGACUCUGCCGUUCCUAAAUUUGUGCCCUAAAUCCAUCAGGCCUGUGCAGAGCUGUCUCUGAACCUGUAGUUUCUGUGUUUGUCUGCAUGAGGGGAUGGGAUGGACGGGCGUGGCUCUGUCUCAGGAUCAGGUUUGUGCCACUGCAGCACCGAGGAGGAAGAGGAGGAAAGGGGGGAUUCAGGGAGUGAUGAGAGAGAAGAGAAACCCACUGAGGUUAAAUGUCUGACUGAUAGAGAAGCCUGUUCUGGCCUUGUUAGGAAAAACAGUCAAAAUCAUCGAGGUCUUUUUGCAUCCUAAUAGAAUUAACCUGCUGUGUCGCUUGUUAUUUGAAGUUUUAAAGGUCUCAGCAUGUCUGGAUAGGUGUGUCUUAUGAAGGGAAACAGUUUAGAUGCAAUUUUCAAUGACAAUCAUCAACUUUAAAGAUCUCAUUGUUAAUAAAUUUCAGCAUUAACAGCCUCAUCCUGUCACAUUGGCUGUCAGACACAUGAGGCUGCUGAGGAUGAACAUGUGGGAGGGGUGCUUUUGAACUCUGCUCAUUGGCUAAUGUAACGAGUGGCGAGGGAGAGAGGAAGCAUCCCUCCUGGCUGCAACACAUCCAACCUGCUGAGUCACUCUGCUGCAUUGGAGCGUCGGCCAAUCAGAGCCGUCCUGUGAGGUUCUGCUGGAGGACAUUUGUGUUCAGUUUCUAGGUUUGAUUCAUAUCUCUUUCCUGCUCUGGAUCUAUUCUAGCUUUGGGGACAUCAGGAUGUCUCUUUAUCACUUCUGUAUUUUCACUUUUUCUGCUGUCUGGUGCUCAGUGAAAGUUUGUUUUGCUGUGUUUUGUAAUGGACAGACCUGUGCAGCAGAGAUGUAUGAACAAAGUGUUUCUGGAAGUAUGACAACGUAGUACUUGUAAAAUAGAACGCGACUAUGUGAUGGUAUUUUGCAUCAAAAUAUACAGAAAUACAAAAUUCCACAACGAA